AAACAACCGUCGCGAAUCCCCAAGGGUGGUUCGGAACUGCAGACACAGCUGAAUCUUGUUCAGGAAGAUCUGAAGAAAGCCAAGGAGCAUAUAAUUUUGGUUGAGAAGGAGAAGGCGAAAGCAAUCGACGAAUUGAAAGAAGCGCAAAAAGUUGCUGAGGAGACGAAUGAGAAGCUCAGAGAGGCUCUGGUGGCGCAGAAGCGCGCCGAGGAGAGUUCCGAGAUCGAGAAGUUCCGAGCCGUCGAGUUGGAGCAGGCGGGGAUUGAGGCAGCGCAGAAGAAGGAAGAGGAAUGGCAGAAGGAGAUUGAGUCUGUGAGGAACCAACAUGCUGUUGAUGUGGCUGCUCUUCUCUCUACGACUCAGGAGCUUCAGAGGCUGAAGCACGAAUUGGCCAUGACCUGCGAUGCGAAGAAUCAGGCAAUGAGUCACGCCGAUGAUGCGACUAAGAUUGCAGAGAUUCAAGCUGAGAAGGCGGAGAUUCUCUCUGCAGAGUUGGCCCGGUUGAAAGCCUUGCUCGACUCGAAGAUUGAGACGGAGACGAAUGAGAUCAACAAGACAGCGUUGAAGCUGAACUCAGAGAUAGAAUCCUUAAGACAACAACUCGAGGAGGCGAAAAUUCACGAGGAGAAAAUACUUUUGGAGAAAGAGGCAUGUAUUGAGCAGCUCAAUGUGGAGCUAGAGGCGGCGAAGAUGGCUGAAUCGUAUGCACGGAGUUUGGCAGAGGAGUGGAAGAUUAGGGUCGACGAAAUGGAGAGGCAGGUUGAGGAAGCGCGGAAGUUGGAAAUAUCAGUGUCGGAGUCGCUGGAUUCGGUGAUGAAACAAUUGGAAGGAAGCAAUGAUUUGUUACAUGAUGCUGAAGCUGAAAUUGCUGUUCUUAAAGAAAAGGUUGGUCUAUUGGAAAUCACAAUUGGAAGACAGAAAGGCGAUCUCGAGGAGUCGGAGCAUCAAAUUAGUAAUGCCAAGCAAGAAACUUCUGAAAUGGCCAAAAUCGUCGAGUCGCUGAAGGCGGAGCUUGAAAAUGUGAAGGAGGAAAAGAUACAGGCUUUGAACAACGAGAAGCUCGCUGCUUCGAGUGUUCAAACGCUAUUGGAAGAGAAGAACAAGCUCUUAAAUGAGUUGGAGAAUUCAAGGAAUGAAGAGGAGAAGAGCAAGAAGGCGAUGGAGAGCUUAGCCUCGGCAUUACAUGAAGUUUCUGCAGAAGCCAGGGAAGCGAAAGAAAAGCUUCUGUCAAGUGAAGUUGAGCAUGAAAACUACGAUUCACAAAUGGAAGAUCUGAAGUUGGUCUUGAAAGCAACCAAAGAGAAGUAUGAAGCCUUGUUUGAUGAAGCGAAACACGAAAUAGAUUGUCUAACGAGCGAAUCGGAGAAAACAAAGACUGACUUUGAAAAUUCCAAGGCUGAAUGGGAGGAAAAAGAGCUUCAUCUGGUGGAUUGCGUGAAGAAAUCAGAAGAGGAGAGUUCUUCCAUGGAAAAGGAAGUGAAUAGGCUGGUGAAUUUGCUGAAACGCGCUGAGGAAGAAGCGUGUGACAUGAAGGAGGAAGAGGUGCAAUUGAAGGACAGCCUGAAGGAAGUCGAAUCGGAGGCGAUCUACUUGCAGGAA